AUGAUCCUGUUUUAGAAAUUUCAAGCAACUAAUCUCCUGAUGGUUUAAUAUGAUUUAUUCUAUGAAAAAUAACUGUAGAAUCAUAAGAUGAUAUAUUUAAAAGAAUCAAUAAUAAAGAGAUCUGUUUAAAAAAGAAUUAGAUCUUUUGCAAAAAAUUAGAUUAAAAAAAUUUCAAUUUAUUUCUCUUAUUGA